GGACGAAAGGUAGAGGAGGGCCGGAGGUUUGAAUGAGGCUUGUAGUGUAGUUUUAGGGAGUGAGUGAGUGAAUGUCACAGAGGGCGGUUGACUGGCGGUGAUUUUGUGGCAUAUGUUCGGUAGAAUCGGUAGUGCAAUCAGUUUCACACGUAUAAAUACCCGCCCGAAAUCCAGUCAACAUGUCGCGAUUUUUCAUGUAUAUCGCAUCCGCGGUAUUGUGUUUUAGCGUAGUUAAUACCAAUAAUGCCAACAAAGCUCUCAAAUUUUAUCAGGAAAAGAACUACCAUGAAGCUCAGGAAUUAAUAGACCAAGACAUCAGAAACAUAGCUGCCAUGUCAGACAUGACACAUUUUAGAAGAGUCCUGAACAAAAUCAUGAUCCCUAGAGUGGUUGCGACACCCAACCACAGCAUAGUGAACCAGUUCAUCAAGACAGAGAUGACUGGUUUAGGUUGGAAUGUGACAGAAGAUGCAUUUGAUGAUACUGCACCAGAUUUUGGCACAUUGCGGUUUAAGAACAUAAUCGCCACAUUGAAUCCAAAUGCGGACAGAUAUUUAGUGCUGGCAUGCCAUUAUGAUAGUAAAUAUACUAGGGAACAUGUGUUUGUUGGUGCCACAGAUUCAGCAGUACCAUGUGCCAUGAUGAUAAAUCUAGCCAAAGUGAUGGGCCCGAAGCUUCAGAACCUGAAGCAGUCUAAAUUGAGCCUUAUGUUCAUAUUCUUUGACGGAGAGGAGGCAUUCCGGGAGUGGGGACCCAAGGACUCCAUCUAUGGGGCCCGGCAUUUGGCCAAGAAGUGGCAGGCAAUGUCUUAUAAGGAUGGUGCUAAUCAUUUGCAGAGGAUGGACGUCCUAGUGCUCCUAGACCUGCUAGGCGCUCCAGACCCAGUGUUCUACAGCUACUUCCAAUCUACAGAGAAGUGGUACGUGCGGCUGGCGAGCGCGGAGCGACGAUUGGCUGGGUUGGACCAGCUGGCUGGAUAUACGAAGGGUAGCGCUGAUCAGACAUACUUCAGGCUGUCGAGCUCGCGGUCUUAUGUUGAGGAUGACCAUAUCCCAUUCUUGAGGAGAAACGUGGACUGUCUCCACAUAAUCCCGUCCCCGUUCCCGGACGUGUGGCACACGGAAGCCGACAACGGCUCGGCUCUGGACUACAACACCAUCGAGAACCUGAACAAGAUCAUGCGAGUCUUCGUCACCGAGUACCUGCACACACAGGCCUAGCGGUACGACCGGUGGCGCCUUUGGAGGGUCAUACUUAAAAUUAGUUAAAAGAUACAUUCCUAAUUUGAAAUAUAUUUUUUUCCAUUUGACGGUGUUUGUUCGUAAUGUCUAUUUACUAAGCAAACUAUUUAAAAAUAAUCGAACGUUGAGACUAGGAUUGUCUCCACAUAAUUCAAUCAGCAUCGGGUUUCAACACCAUUGAGAACCUCCACAAGAUCAUGCGAGUGUUCAUGACGGCCAAGCGGUACACACGGUGGCGGCUUUGGAGGGUAGUAUUUAAAACACGCAUUCCGAAGGGUCGGUUGCACCAAACCGUCACCGGAUUUAGCGUUCGCUUUGUAUGAAAAUUUUCAUAGACUUCUGCUGUGUGAUGUUGACGUGCCUGUUAACUGUGGUUGAUGCAACUGGCCCUUAGGUGCACUAGUACUUACUUAAAACAUUCCGAAUUAGAAAUAUUUUUAUUUAUACGUUUCCGUUUGACGGUGUUCAAGUUAAUGACCAUUAAAAAAGACAUCAUUCAGUAAUCAAGCAAACUACUUAAACAUUCAGCCUCGGCUUUGGAGGGUAUUUCGUUUAGUAAGAAGAACAUAAAUGUACUGUUUGUGUCAUAUCUAUUUAAAACCCCUUAUUCAUAAACGUACUCUAAAGUUAUCAAGCCGAUAAAGUUCGUUUGUCCCUUGCCAACGUAUAGGUGUGACAGAAAAGGACAAACGCACUUUAUCGGCUUGAUAACUUUAGAGUACGUUUAUGAAUAAGGGGGAUAUAGGAAGAGUGUAUUUAAUACAGUCUGGUGUCACGCACGACAGCUAGUUUUAAGAAGUAUCAUUUUUUUAAAUAAGGGUUUGGUCUGUUUUUGGUACAUUUGAAAAAGGGAUAAAAUGUAUAAUUCUAUUAGAUAAAUACCUAGUGCAAUAAUGAUAAAGGUAAAUUACAUAAAUGCCAAUGCUGUUUGAUCCAAACUAUCUGACGUGGGUUAAACCUAUGUUGCAAUUGACUCGCUAUUUAUACAAAUACCUACUUAUUAAAAAAAAAAUGGAAAACAAAUACAUACACGGAUAUUGCUUUAGGCCAAGAGCGGAGCUCUUAAAUGAUGGUGUCAUUUUAUUCUACUUAUUUAAUGAAUUUUACUGGUGCUUUUUUAAAAAUAUCUAUUUAAAGUUUUAUUUAAUAUUUAUCGUAGUUAGACAAUUUUGAUGUAAGAUAAAUCGUCACAAAUGUGAUUACCUAGUUAUUAUUAACCCUUAAAUUUGGCUACAAUGCAUGUAUUUUUUAAUAAACUAGCCAAAAUAUAA